AUAGGUAGGUCCAUCGGUUUUGUUUUUUGAAGUAAAAAGGUUCGUCGCACCGAGCCUUGGAUUGUCGGGUUAAUUAGCAACUCCCAUCCUCUUCAUCACCCGCAAUAAGAUCUCUCGCCAAGGUCAUCGCCUCGUUUGUCCUGUGUGGUGAUAAACCAGUACUACAACUACGGGUCCGCACAUCGAGCCGAGUCAUCGAGCCUGAGGGUCCUGUGAAGUGGAGCAACCGAGCUGGAAGUAAGAAGGGACGGGCGUCGCCGCUUGCAGACAAAGACAAGAUGUUUUCCCGACGCUUCGAGCCGCCUCAGACGACAAAGAGCUUCUCCAAGCCGAGUCGAAGCGGGAGGAGUUCAUCCUUCAGCAAGGAAGCUGGCGUAUCCAAGAAACGUCUUGAGUCCCGUCGCCGCGCUGGCACGGUGUCAAAUGCAGGCUCAUCUGAUAUCAACUUUGACAAUACCGUUUCGCCCAUCGUCACCCUUGUCGUCGGUCAGGAGCAACGCAUCUUCGCUGCCCACGAGCAUAUCCUAUGCGCCUCGCCGUUCUUCAAAGCUGUGCUACAGAACCAGAUGAUGGAUUCGCAAACCAAGAAGAUCUCGCUCCCCGACGAAGAGCCCGAGGUCUUCUCAUCCAUUCUCGAGUAUCUCUACAAAGGCGACUAUACACCACGUCUGAUCCACAACAAGAAGCGGAACACCUGGGAGCUUGAGCAGAGUGACGAGUCUGGUCGCUCCGAGGCAACCAUCUUUCACCAUAGUGUUGAAGGAGAGCUGCUCAAGGACACGGCCAUUUACUGCUCCGCCGACAAAUAUGGGAUUGAGGAACUGAAGCGGGUUGCUUUGCGGAAGCAGGGACUUCAGUCUGGGAUUCAAGCCAGCACCAUCCUCGCCUCUGCCCGCUAUGCCUAUGCCAACACUCCCGACACCGACUCCAAGCUGCGCGCCCACUAUCUCGCUCUCAUCAUUCGCAGCCGCAACACCUUCAAGCGGAGCGGGACGAUGCAACUCGAGAUGUUCAACGGCGGCACCCAGCUCUUCUUCGACUUGUUUGUAGCCCUGUGCAACCAUGUCGAUGACAUCUCAAGCGCUGUCUCCUCGCCUCGGACACCUCGCAGCGGUCGUCCCUUCUAAGCCACUGCUUCACGUUUCGCCAGCCACUCCCAUCAAUCCAACGCUUCACUGAUACCCACGCCUCUCAACAAAACAUUGCAAUACCCCCUUGGCACCUUUCCGAUCUCACAUGAAUGACGUCUCUGGUCUCGUCUA